GAGGCACUGCCAGCAGGAUUAAACUUCCAUCCCAUCAUCAUCAGCAGCAGCAGCAGCGCGAGUGUACGUGUGUGUGUGUGUGUGUGUGUGUGUGUCUGUGUGUGUGAGUGUGAGCGCAGACGCUUGUGCAAAUGCGCAGCGGUCCACAUUGGUUCAGUGUUUUGGAGCCUAACCUGUGGGUCGGUGCACUGCGGUGAAAAGCAUGACAACUGGGAUCCAGCAGUUCUUAGGAAGAGUGAGAGGAAGGUGCGCACUAACGAGCUGAACCCCAAGGCGAGGACAGGCUGUCAAAAGGGAACCAUGUGCAGCUUCAUGAGCCCCAAACCGCCCAGUGGCCCCGGCCUUACAGACAUGCAGCAGUAUCACGAGUGGCUGACCAGUCGCCAUGAAGCCAGCCUGCUGCCCAUGAAGGAAGACCUGGCCCUGUGGCUCACGAAUAUUCUCGGUCUGGAAAUCACCGCUGAGAGUUUCAUGGAUCGCUUAGACAAUGGCUUCCUGUUGUGCCAGCUGGCUGAGACACUUCAGGAGAAGUUCAAGCAAAAUGAUGGAGACAUGCCUGUUUGUGGCAACAACAAGCAGAGUAUUCCCAAUCGGAGGAUACCGUGCCGACAGAGCGCUCCCUCCGGGUCCUUUUUUGCACGAGACAACACGGCUAACUUCCUGGCCUGGUGUCGUCAGGUCGGAGUUGGAGAAACAUGUCUGUUUGAGUCCGAGGAUUUAGUUCUUCAUAAGCAGCCGCGAGAAGUGUGCCUCUGUCUUUUAGAGUUGGGACGGAUAGCUUCACGAUACAACGUGGAGCCUCCCGGCCUGAUACAACUGGAGAAAGAGAUUGAACAAGAAGAGAAAUCACCUCCACCACCUCCAUCACCUGUUUCCCCAGCUCAGCCCCUUCCACCAUCUCCCUCUUUAUCUUCUUCCCCGUCCCCGACUCCUACCAAAGUCACUUCCAGCAAGAAAAGCACCGGGAAGCUGUUGGACGAUGCUGUCAGACACAUCUCUCACGAUCCACCCUGCAGAUGUUUGAACAAGUUCUGCGUCGAAAGACAUUCACAGGGUCGAUACCGAGUUGGGGAGAAGAUGCUUUUUAUCCGGAUGCUCAACAACAAGCAUGUGAUGGUGCGUGUUGGUGGGGGCUGGGAGACGUUUGAGAGCUACCUGCUGAAACACGACCCGUGCCGCAUACUCCAAGUGACCCGGGUGGAGGGCAAGGUGUCCACCAUGAGCAGCAAGUCCCCCAACAUCAAGGACCUCACCCCCGACAGCUACCUGGUCGUGGCGGCCAACUACCGCAGCAAGAAGUGAAGACAUGAGUCUGCAACGGGCCGUUCAUAUCGGGAUGGCUUGUUAUAUAACAUGUCCCUGUUGUUAUUCAGAAAUAUGGCGACAGACACAAAGGCCUCCAUGGAGAGCAGAUCCUUCAGCCGAGUGUGUGAGCAGAAUGAGCCUGAAGUCACACUAACGUGUGCUUUAUUUUACAUGACAAUAUUAUUAAAAUGAAGUCAAUCAGGCUUCUUUUUGAAUGAAAUUAAAUAGGUGGUGGACACAACCUUUUCUUUGGCAAACUGGCAAGUUAGACAUUUUGACUUUUUCUUAAUGUGUCAUUUGUGUGAUAUUGUUAACCUAUAGCUGCCUUACACGGGAUACACGGGUGGCUUUAGUGGGCAGCAUAUUGAAGUUGCAAAUGUAACUUUAACUAUAACAUAAGAAGACUACGUGGUAACUUUACUGUCCAAAGAAAUAUAAUUAAUCAAAUCUUUACAUAAUAUUCAACUGUAUAAUUUGCUUAGUAAAAACUGCCAAAUCUCCCUCAACCCUUGUGUUGCCUUAGGGUCAAUUUGACCUGAAUCAAUAUUACACCCUUGUGUCGCCUUAGGAUUAAUUUGACCCCAUUCAAUGUUUAAUGUCGGUGUUCUUUCGGUAGUCAACAAACAAACAUAAAGUGCCUCACACUUAAACUUGGAAAACAAUAUUAAUUCUAAUAAUUUUCUGGAGGUUUUAAUUGCUGGCGUCGAAUUGAACCCAAAGGGUAAAAUAUGUUAGUAAAUAUAAAGGUAACAGGAGGGUGAAACAUUGAAUCGGGUCAAAAUGCCAGUGGGACCGGACGGGGCUGUGGCUGGCGCUGCUGAGUUGGCGCCGGACCGGCUGGCUGCUUGUCGGUGCUGGUUACCUUCUGCCCCCAAUGGAUGGGCUUAGAUCACCCAGUUGUUGGAUUACCUCCCCUCCCCCCUUCCUACUCGUUGCAAGUCAUGUCUAAAAUGUAUGUGCUUAUGUGCUAAGGUGUUUUUUUCCUGCUCCCACACUGUACCCCUCUCGGGGCAUAGUCGGGGGGUUGGUGUUUUUUCUCGCCUUCUUCCCUCAUGUUAUGCUGUAAUCUUUCAUCCACCCUUUCUUGUAAUUUCGAUGCUUUUGUACCCGUACUCUGGCAAACGACAAAUAAAUAUAUCAAUCAAUCAAUCAAUCAAUCAAUCAAUCAAUCAAAUGACCCUAAGGCGACAGGAGGGUUAAAAACCAAAUGUAUGUUUUUUUUCUUUUUCUUGGUUUUUUUAAAGUUAAGCAAUGCUUAGACUUAACAUGUUUAAUACCUAUUCAAUGAAAUGCAUUUUUAUACUAUAAUCAAUUUUAACAAUUCUUCACUAUUGAGAUAGCUGCUGUGUUAUAUCUUUUAUAAUGUAAGAACAUGGACAAGAUGCAGUAUGUAGUUAAACAGAACAUCAUUGAUUUGUGAUCAAAACAUUAUAAGAUUUGAGGUUCUGCAAUUCUACAAUUUGUUGCAUGUUCUCUAGUGGUAGUGCAAUAAUUACAACUUGAUAAUCUGUUAAAUGUUUUACAAUUAAUAGAUUCACUACAUUAUUGUUCAAUAUAUUCAUUUGUCCCUGGGAAAUAAAAAAGUAGGUUUGAGAUCAUCUUUGGUAAAAGGCUUGUAUGUGAAAAUAAUUGUUCCAAUUUAUGUUUUAGAUUUUUAAUAAACUCAACUUUAAUCUUCAUAA